AAGGAAAAACGUCCCAUGGCAACCAGAGUGCUUCACGACAGUCAUUUAACGUAUUCCGCUGGCCGGUGUCGUAUAUUUUGCAGAAUCACCAUGGCGCUGAAAGAGACCGCGGGUCUGUAUGAGACACUCAAAGCGGAGUGGAACAAGAAAAACCCAAACCUGAGUAAAUGUGGAGAACUGCUCAGCAAACUGAAGGUCUCAUUACUCGAGCUGAACUUCUUACCUACCAGUGGGUCCUCACUCGCCAAGCAGCAGCUCAUUUUAGCUCGUGAUGUCCUUGAAAUUGGAGCCUUGUGGAGUAUCCUCAAGAAGGACAUCCCAUCCUUUGAGAGAUACAUGGCCCAGCUAAAAUGUUACUACUUUGAUUACAAGGAUGAACUGCCCGAAGCUGCCUACAUGCACCAGUUACUCGGACUGAACCUGCUCUUCCUGCUCUCACAGAACCGUGUGUCUGAGUUUCACACAGAACUUGAGAGACUGAGUGCACGAGAUAUUCAGACCAACGUAUACAUCAGACACCCAGUGUCCCUAGAGCAGUACUUGAUGGAAGGAAGCUACAACAAGGUAUUUCUUGCCAAAGGGAACAUCCCUGCUGAGAGCUACACCUUUUUUAUAGAUAUUCUGCUCGAUACAAUUCGUGAUGAGAUCGCAGGCUGCAUAGAGAAAGCAUACGAACAGAUCCAGUUUAGUGAAGCCACCCGUGUGCUUUUCUUCAGUUCCCCGAAAAAGAUGACAGAGUACGCCAAGAAGAGAGGAUGGAGUUUGAGCCCAGAUGGCUAUUACUCUUUCACCACUCAGCAGCAGCGGACAGAAGAGGUGACCAUCCCCUCUACGGAGCUGGCACAGCAGGUCAUCGAAUAUGCACGACAGCUGGAAAUGAUUGUGUAAUCCGCCCCCAGGAACACACUCAGACACACACGCCGCUGAUCCAGUGUACAUCCAGUCAGCUCAAAUGCAGUUUCCCUGAGGAAUAGGACUUCAUUCAUCGGCAGGGUGGUUGAUUUGUUGCCCAUACCUCAAACAUCAAAUCAACAAUUUAUUUUUUCCUGUAUGCCACUGUCUGGAAGUUUUCUUUCAUUUUAAAGGAUGGGGAACAAAACUAAAAGUAUCACAGGUGAUCCGUCUAUUCAGCAGCUACACAUCCACCUUUUAUUGAAGACAUUCAUGAGUUUCAAUGUUACAGUUAAUUAUUUUAUCCAAGAUGCCAUCUGUACAACAUUAAAACUGAGCUUUUCAUGGGUUAUGACCAAUAAACAAGAACUUCAAAUACAGCUACUACAUUUAAUAACGUUGGGCCUCCGCUCUUUUACAAUUACAAUCACCACCCUGUGAGUUUGUCUGUCAGUAUCACACAAAACUAUCAACUCAACAUUCCCACCCCCCCAAAAUUCAAGAAAACUCUUUUUGUACACAAAGUUCAUUUUCUCCUUAGUGGAGCUCACAGAAAUGUAUUGCCCUUGCCUUGUAGCCUAGCAACUGACAGAAUUGCCAUUGAAGUUUGUGAGUGUUUUCUAAAUGGUAAUGCCUCUUCCUCCCUAGAUGGUUUGUAAUCCAGUUGAUAUUACAAUGCAAAUCUUUAUCUGCAAUAAACAAUUCAGAAAAUAAACUUUUUGAAUGAUG